AUGAUUUCUUGUUGCCGUUAUAGUCCAUGACUCCAUGUAAGCACCAACCAAGUAAGGGGGAGCGCAUUCGGCAUUCAUUCACACUCUGUUUAUCUCCGAAUUCCGUUCUUCUUCUUCUUUCUUCUUCAACUGUCUCCGAAACUACGUCGUUUUCAGAAGAGAUCCAGCUCAACUUGGCGGUUAAACUCCACCCCGAACUAGACGGGACACAAUCACCACCACCCUAAUCCAACUCCACCAAACUCUGUUUUACUGUUCAAUCUUCUCGGAUAUCUCCGCCACCGUCUCUGCUGCCGUUGAUUUCGAGCUGCUUGUUAAGUAUGGAGAAUCCGACGGCUUUCAGAGGCGGUUAUCUCACCGGAGCUUACCAUCCUUCAUUGUCUUCUUCUUCUCGUGCCGAUGUCAAUUACAGCUGUGGUGCAUGUGGCUAUGAGCUGAACCUGAGCUCUAAGAACCGGAACACAUCUUUGAUUGGCUCUAAUAAGUAUGGGAAAUCUAUAAAGAGAGGGAUCAUUUCGUUCUUUUACAUUGAUGAGAGCAGAUUUAGUCAGGUAGAUGAACUUCAAUGUAAACCCCAUUUCUCUAGGCGUUCUUGGGGUUUGUUCAGCCGGAAAACUAAACUUCUUUGUCGCAAGUGCGGUAACCACAUAGGAAAUGCUUAUGACGAUUAUAAUUCUUCGGCUUCUUACUCACUCGUAUCGGAUGGAUCAGAUUCUUCAUCUUCAGGCCGUGAAAGUUCUAAAUGCAGAAAGUAUGAUGUUAGAAUUCGUUCGUUGCAGCCUUCAAAUUCUGAAGGAUGUGGGCCUUCAUUUUUAGAUUGACAUCCAUGAACAACACUAUUUGGUAUUUCCCUGGUGCUGAAGAAGUUUCUGCAGCAACAGCCAAAAAAUGUAUUUCUGCAACAAUCUGUGUAAGGGUGUUCUCUAUUUUGAUUGUAUCUGUUUUCCUAUUGCCCCUGUUUAGAAAUCUGUAUAUAAUAAUUUUCAAUAUUCAAAGAGUUAAAGGUGGAAUUUUGAAGUGAUUUGAAUGAUUGAGUAAAGUUUCUAUUCAAAUAACAUAGCUUCAGUGG